ACAGAUCAAUGAGCAGGAGACAGGAGGAUAUGUAUACACGCCGUCAAACAACUAGGAUGAGAUUGUCCAAGUAUGCAGCAUAUAACACCUACCAUCACUGUGAACAGUGUCAUCAGUAUAUGGGUUUCAAUCCCAGGUACCAGCUUUAUGAGUCCACUCUGCAUGCAUUUGCCUUUUCCUAUUCUAUGCUAGGAGAAGAAAUCCAGCUGCAUUUUAUCAUUCCAAAAUCAAAGGAGCAUCAUUUUGUCUUUAGUCAACCAGGAAGACAAUUGGAAAGCAUGAGGCUACCACUAGUCACAGAUAAGAGUGAAGAUUACAUAAAAAGCCCCACUUUUACUCCCACCACUGGUCGUCAUGAACAUGGACUUUUCAAUUUAUAUCAUGCAAUGGAUGGAGCCAGUCACUUGCAUGUUUUAGUUGUCAAGGAAUACGAAAUGGCCAUAUAUAAGAAGUAUUGGCCCAACCACAUCAUGCUUGUUCUUCCAAGCAUUUUCAACGGUGCAGGAGUCGGUGCUGCACACUUCUUGAUAAAAGAGUUGUCCUAUCAUAACUUGGAGCUUGAACGAAAUCGACAGGAGGAGCUGGGGAUAAAACCCCAGGAUAUCUGGCCUUUCAUUGUCAUUUCAGAUGACUCUUGUGUUAUGUGGAAUUCAGUAGAAGUUGAUUGUUCAGGAGACAGGGAAAGUGACUAUACAUGGACUGAAAGGAAUGUUUCCUUGAAGCAAAUUCUACAACAUAUUGAAGCAACUCCCAAUGUCACUCACUAUGCCUUAAUUGGGAUGAGGAAAUGGUCCAGUAAAACAAACGGUGCUGAGAUCAAGGAACCAUUCUCCUGCUGCCAUGUGCAUGAUUUCAUUAUGCUGAAUGUCGAUCUCACACAGAAUGUGCAGUAUAAUCAGAACAGAUUUACAUGUGAUGAUGUUGACUUCAACUUGCGCGUCCACAGUGCUGGCCUUCUCAUCUGUCGCUUCAAUCACUUCAGUGUCAUGAAAAAGCAAAUUGCAGUAGGAGGACAGAGAUCCUUCCACAUUAAGUCUAAGGUAUCUGAUACUCCAGUUUCAAUCUCCCCUGCUCAGUACAUUUGUGCUCCUGACAGCAAGCAUACCUUCUUGGCAGCACCUGCUCAGUUGCUCCUUGAAAAAUACCUCCAGUAUCACAGCCAUCGCUUCUUCCCUCUCUCACUGAAGAAUUACAGCCAUCCAGUGCUAUCUGUGGACUGUUACCUUAACUUAGGACCACAGAUUGCAGUUUGCUACGUGAGUUCUCGGCCUCACUCUCUGAAUAUCAGUUCCUCCGGUUUGACAUUCAGUGGUCUCCUGCUAUACCUCUGUGACUCCUUUGUUGUAGCUAGCUUUUUGAAGAAGUUUCAUUUUCUUAAAGGUGCCACCCUGUGUGUGAUUUGUCAAGACCGCAACUCUCUUCGCCAGACUGUUGUCCGGCUAGAGCUGGAAGAUGAAUGGCAGUUCCGACUGCGGGAUGAAUUCCAGACUGCCAAUGCAAAAGAGGACAGACCACUUUUCUUCUUGACUGGACGACAUAUUUAGUUGAAAAGAGACACAUUUCCUGAAUGAUACAAGAGACUAAUUGCCACCAUCUCAUGAAAUGACUUUUGAGAGGCUCUGCCUUCUGAACAGAAACAGGAGUGUUUUCCAUUGUUUAUUA